UCAUUUCUUCACAUGCAGACAGAGCAAAAUGGCAUCCAUUUGCAACCUACACUAUUUUCUGAACUCAUGGCUUCCUGUCUGGUUGCUGGCUCCGGUUUGGAUUAUGACAUGCACCUUCUCUGUUACGGAAGGCUCUGAUUUGAUUCAGCUCAGUGGGGAGGUUGGCGGAAAUGUGACCUUUCACUGCCCCUUUGCCAAAGAAAAGGCAAUUCGGUUUUUCUACCUACAGAAGGAUACAUCACCAAUAUUGUUUGUGAAUGGCUACUAUGGAGAUAACGAUACUGGAAAACAAUAUACGAUAGAAAGGAUGAAAUUGAAGAACACAGAAUUGAACCUCAGUGACAGAACUGUGUACAUGGAUGGACUGAACAUCUCACAUAGUGGGGUCUAUGAAUGCAUCAUCAGUUAUAAUGACAAGGGAAAUACUGAAUCGAGUAAGAUCCACCUCAGUGUCACAGCCAGGUACAGCAAACCUACAGUUACAAUGUCCUGUAAUGGUGAGAACCUUGGCUGCCUGGUGACGUGUGCCUCACAUGGUGGAUACCCGAGCACCAAGAUGACGUGGAACGUAGCUGAGAAUGCCAGCAAUCAGAUUUGGAACAUCGUGAACAACAGUGAAGUGCCCAGUCCAGACACCAUGAUGUUCAGUAGCUCCAGCACUGCGUACUUCAACUGUUCCUAUAGGAAACCACUCAACUAUCUCAGCUGUUCAGUGGGUGAAAUCAGCUCAGACAUGUUCUCAGUCUGUGUAUCCACAGAGUCACCUGAGACUUUCAGUCCAAUUGUGAUAGCAGCAGCCGUCUGUGCAGUGGUGGCUGUCAUUACUAUGGUGGGAUUGACAGUGUUUUGUAAAAAGAAUGGAGUAGCAGCCAGAGGUGCAAUAGAAGACAGGAGAGUAAAUGGAUGUGCAGAGGAGGAAACAGCCCUCAGUGGAAACAAAGAGAAUGAGGGACCUUGAGUGAUGAAGCUGUGAAGAAAACAAUUCAAUUUUUGUCUGAAACAAAGAUUGCAUGUUCUAGAAUCUAGAACUAAAACUAUAGGUCACUGAAGUGUACAUUACAUUUGUGACUCACAAGCCAGGAAUGGCCAGAGUCCACGUCGUCAGUGACUCACCAGGGACCACUUGCUGUCAACAUUUCAGUGACAAUGGUGACUUUUGAAGUGUUUGAGGAACUACUUACUUUAGUAUCAUUUUACUGGUGAAGUACAGUGCGUCAUUAAAAUGAGAGUAGCUUACUUCUCUAAAACACAUUGUGGUGAGAUUGUUGUUGCGUACUGCAGAACAGUCUCAGGAAUAUACUGCCCAGCAAUGUGAAUAGUGAAAUCACAAACUGAAAAGAUUGUAUUUAAGCUUUGAAGUAUACUGAAGUUCUAAACACAUCUCUGCAGGCAGCACUGAGAACUGUUACACCUGCUACAUCAUUUUAAAUACAGUAUAUUGUUGUUGCACUUUAAAAAUCUUAUCUGUAGUAGCCAAUUUUUUAAAUAAUCUGUUGUGUUUAGUGCUUGUGAAAAUAUUUUUUAAAUUAUCAAAAUGUAGUGGAGUUCCUUAAUUUAGUAGUUGCUUGCACAUUCAGUAAAUUUGUUCUCUGAACUUUUUCUGUUUCAGAUACAUUUUCUGUAGUGUGCAGUACACACCAGUAUUCUCCUAUAAGGUGCAAUAUUAAAUACAAAAAGAGAAAAGCAUUUUGUUUUGUUUGUUUAAUAUAUAUUACCGUUACCCUCUUGCUUAAUAUUUUGGUCUUUUUUUUUUUUUUACAAUUCUGACAUUUUUCUCACGAUUGUUCUCAUAAAAUAUAUGCUUUAUGUACUGUAUGAUAUAUUUAUUUUUUAAUUUAAAAAAUGGUUUGCCCUGUUUACACUGUGGGUAUACUUGUGUUACUUGUCCUUCCAUAGAAUUACCAGGGCAAAAGGCUGCUUUCAUUUCCUGUAUCUGUGUGAUGCACGCCCGCACCCAGAACACUCCUCAACGAUGGCUGCUGUAAAUUUUUUUUAUUUGCCAGUUCUUAUAAACUUUACAGUACUGUUUAAAUCUCACUUUCUCUGUCAUUAAAAGGUACCAUCAAUUAAA